AUGAAUCGCCGAGGCCAUGGAAACGGCAACGGCAGCGAACGCGAGGGAAGUUCGUUGGGCCUCAUGACGGAGGCGCUCGAGAUGCAACGCCAGAUGUGCGAUGAAGCCAUGAGCCUCGUGAAUGCGGGCGUAGCUAUGCAGAACGCGUCGCCCCCCAACGUGGCCGAGGCCGAGCGCAAACUUACGCGCGCCGUGGAUAUCAUGGAACAGGCGCUGAGCAUCCGCUACCGCUCGGCGGACGAGAAGGACGCGGCCGACCGCCUCAAUAACAAGAUGAUGCGCUACGUCAAGAUGAUCAAGAGCCAACGCGCCAAGAGCGUUGUUGGCGGUGGUCCCAAGGGACGAAACCUCAUCAAGCACAACAUCCUUGAGAUGGAGCGACUUCCCGAGGUGUACACGCCUGUUCUGCAGCUGCUCAACAACUCGAACCAAUUGGGCGACAUUUGCGAGACGCUGAAGCGCACGUUCGGCUUCCAGGAGAGCAGUGUUCUCAACCAAAAAGAACACUUGUUGCUGUUGCUGACGAACUUUAAGGAACAGAGCGGUCAGGACGACGGAAAGAAGAAGAAGAAGAAGAAACAGGACGACACGGAGACGAUUGAUGACUAUCUGCGCCAGCGCGACCCGCAGCUUGAGAUGGAUCUAGCCAAUAAGGGCGUCUCGCGUCUCCACGGACGUAUCUUUGCCAACUACAAGAAGUGGUGCAAGUAUGUCUCUCAGAAACCCAAGUUCUCGAGCGAUCCGCUGGUGGAUAUUGCGCUUUUUUUCCUCAUUUGGGGCGAGGCUGCCAAUUUCCGACAAAUGCCAGAGUGUUUGUGCUUCUUGCUGCACACGAUGCUGCCUAAAAUCAACAGUGGUGGCAACGAAGAGCCCGGCACGUUCCUGGUCAACACGAUCCGCCCCAUGUACGCAGAACUGCGUCGUGACAGCGACAAAAAGACAAGCAAAGGAGCUCGUGCCCCUCACCGUGAAAUUCGUAACUACGACGACUUUAACGAGUUCUUCUGGACCAAGAAGAGUCUAAAAUACGACUACACGACCAUCGGCGAGGCCUUUGCCAACUACGACAAGAAGGGCCGCCCCAAGAUCGUCAAGAAAACCUUCAGCGAGACUCGAAGCUGGACGCGUGCAAUCAUCUCGUUCCGUCGCAUCUUCCUGAUGAACUGCGCGCUGUUUCUUGCAACUUUAGGUUUCUCAAUCGAUAUGGUGCUCUUGUGUCCUGACUCGGCCAUUAUGUACGGCGAGGACGUGCAACCGUCUUCUGAAACAGGUGUGCUGGAGAUCCUGGGCAAAAAAUACGCUGCCACGACCGAUUCUUCUUCCGUGGAGAACACGGACGACUCGCUCUCGGACGAUAUUAACACGGACAGUGGAGCAGGCUCGCAGUGUCUGUACGCCAAGCUGGCGACAUGUCUGGGAGUGGAGUACUUCUCGUCGGCUUCCGACACUUUUGGCACGUUGCCGCAGGAUUUCAAGGAGCUGAUGGAUAUCGUGCCAUUCACGAAAUGUGUGGAGAAGACUGUGGGUCGCUGCAAAUGCUACCACGACCUGAUCGACGACUGCUUUAGUGACUCUGGUGACGCUGAUGAAGUGUCGACUGCAGGCUCAGUGGCUUCUCUCUCGUACGACCAGAGCGUGUGUGCACCAUCGUGGUUGGCGCAGGUGAACAGCAUUCUGGACGACGAAGGCGACGGUCUCCUUAACUGUGGCAAAUGCCAGAUUGACAUCACAAGUCUCUCCAAGAAACCGACCCGCAUUAUGGAUAUGAUUCAAGGUAUGAUCGACUUUGGCCGCGAUGAUAAGGGACCCAUGGCUCUCCUGGGCGGCGCAGCGAUGAUCGGACUGGUGUGUGUGUGCGAGCUGCAGAACCGCUUCUUCUCCGGUAUUGGCAUGGGCUUUGUGGGUCGUUCAAUGCCUGUUCCGAUGAAAACGUACUGUCGCUACACGUGCUUCUGGAUCGUCCUCUAUCUCGUCAAGCUAACGUUCGAUUACCAAUUUGUUGUCAAGACACUGGUGGAGACGACACUGUUUGUGUACUCAGCCAAGUCGACGGACUACCUCAAGUACUCGCACUUUAUGCUCCAGACCACGUACCACAAUAUUGUGUACAUUUUGUUCCUUUGGGUUCCAGCGUGGAUGGUUUUCUUGUACGACGCACAGAUCUUCUACUCAGUGUUGUCUGUCAUCUACGGCUCUUUUGCUGGAUUUAACCUGCGUAUCGGCGAGCUGCGCUCGUUCCGUAUUCUUCGUUUGACGUUCAAGUCGAUCCCUGGAGUGUUCAACCACAAACUUGUGCCGAACAUUGUGGAGGAGAAAGCCAAGAAGAAAAAGAAGAAAAACAAAAAGAACAAGAACGACAAGGACGAGAUGGCCAUGCCGUUGCGUCGGUUCGAGCGUAUUUCGAUGUCUCAGGGCGCCAAGCCGUUGACGGUGAAGACCCAGAAGUACUCGAGUCUGCUAGAACAGCGUGAUGAUGACGACGUGUACAGCGAGAUGAAGACGCCGAACGGAACCGACGAAGACAUGUCGUCGCAGUCGAGCCGCUCUUCGAACAUCGGCUCCAUCACGGUGCUCUGCGCUGUACGAGAAGCUGAAACGGACAAGAAGAAGAAGGAUAAGGUGCUUCAGAAAAUCGAGACGACCAUGCGUGAGCGUUUGACCAAGGACGAUCUGCGUGUGGAGUCGAUUCUCGGCUCCUACAAGUUCUCGUCGCAGGUUCUGCGCAUCUUGCUAGGUGAGGAACACAAGGAGCUGGACGACUGCUACAACUUCAUCGAGGAGAUGGCGUCGCACCAGCAGAUCCUCAAGGGCUUGAAGCUCGACAACUUGUAUCUGUGCCGCGCGGCGGCAGCUGAACUCAUGAAGUCCAUCCUUGAGGUGCCCAAGAAGUCGACUGAGACGAGCAUCAAGUUCCAGCGCGCGCUGUACAAGGUCAUUGACUCGGUCGAGUCGGUGAUUAACUGUCUCAAGAUGGUGCUGACCAAGCAGGAGAACUUGGUGCAGAUGCUGAAUGACACGCCGCUGAAGCCCAACUCGUUCUUCUUCCCGGGUGACUCGCAGCACUACGCCAGUCUCCAGCUCCAGAAGAUUGUGAACGACGAAGCUGCUCUGGACAUCGUGUCGCGUGCUUACCAGCUUCUGACUGUGGAUAACUUUGAUGCUGAACCGCGUUCGGAAGAGGGACGUCGUCGCUUGCGUUUCUUUGCCAACUCGCUGUUCAUGGACAUGCCGGAAGCGAAGCCUAUUCGCAAGAUUCGGUCGCUCACGGUGUCAACCCCGUACUACAACGAAAUUGUCAUGUACUCGAUCAAGGAUUUGACGGCGCAGAAUGACGACUGCAUUAAGCUGCUGUACUACCUGCAAACCAUCUAUCCGUUCGAGUGGGAGAACUUGCUUGAGCGUAUACAGGCCAAGGACAUGAAUGAAGCACUGAAGAAGAACCCGGAGGAGGUGCAGCUGUGGGCUAGCUACCGUGGUCAGACACUUGCCCGUACCGUGCGUGGUAUGAUGUACAACGCGGAGGCUAUUCGCUUCCUGCAUUGGCUGGAGAUUGGCGAGAAUGAGCCGAUGCACCAAUUGACUUGCUCGUGUAACAAAUGCUGCAAGCUAAACGAGAUGGUGGCUCUCAAGUUCAACUACGUGUGCACGUGUCAGAUCUACGGUAAGCAGAAGGACGAACAGAAGCAGCAAGCACAGGAUAUUGACUUCCUGUUGCGUAAGCAUCUGAACCUCCGUGUUGCUUACGUGGAUGGCCCGAAGAAGGUAAAGGAUGGUCCGCCCAAGUUCUUUUCGGUCUUGAUUCGCUCUCAAGACGAGAAGAUUGUCGAGAUCUACCGUGUGGAGCUGCCGGGUAACCCGAUUGUGGGCGAAGGUAAGCCCGAGAACCAGAAUCACGCCAUCAUCUUCUCGCGUGGUGAACUGCUCCAGUGUAUCGAUAUGAACCAGGAUGGAUACCUUGAAGAAGCUUUGAAGAUGCCCAACCUCCUGUCGACCAUGGACCGUGGCACUGAGAAGCGCCCGCUGACGAUUAUUGGCUUCCGAGAGCAUGUGUUCACGGGCGGUGUGUCCAACCUGGCCAGUUUCAUGUCGAUCCAGGAACUGUCGUUCGUUUCGCUUGGUCAGCGUAUGCUCGCUUUGUUCCACGUUCGUCAGCACUACGGUCACCCCGAUAUCUUCGAUAAGCUGUUUGCCAUGAGUUGUGGUGGUACUGCCAAGGCUUCCAAGGGUGUGAAUCUUUCGGAAGAUAUUUUCGCUGGUUUCAACAGUACCCUUCGUGGUGGUCGCGUCUCGCACGAGGAGUUCAUUCAAGUGGGCAAGGGCCGUGAUGUCGGUAUGCAGCAGCUGGCUCUGUUCGAAGCCAAACUGUCUUCGGGCGCUGGUGAAGCUGUAAUUUCUCGUGAUGCGAUGCGAAUGGCUUCUCGUUUGGACUUCUUCCGUCUGCACUCGUGGUUCUACGGUAACUUGGGAUGGUACUUCACGCAGACGAUGACUGUUGUGGGUGUGUACUUCUUCAUCUACGGCAAGGUGUACAUGGCUCUGAGUGGCAUGGACAGCUACUUCCUCGAGAAGGGUGGUCUGGGUAUUGCUGGCACGUUGAACACAUCGUGGGCGUUCCAGUUUGGUUUCUUGCUGGUUGUUCCUGUUAUCGCCGUCGUGGGUGUGGAGCAGGGAUUCCGUCAUGGUUUCACUUACCUGCUUUGGAACGUCAUGACGUUGGGUCCAAUCUUCUUCACGUUCCAGAUGGGCACGCGUAUGCACUACUUCGACCGCACGUUGAUCCACGGUGGUGCCAAGUACCGCGCUACGGGUCGUGGCUUCACGAUCAAGCACGAGAAGUUUGCCGAGCUCUUUCGCUUCUACGCGUUCAGCCACUUCUACCGUGGUGUUGAGCUGCUCUUCCUGCUGCUGUUGUUCCGUGCGUACGGCACUUUCUCGUGGUGUAACUGCUCAUGGCGACUGGAUGCCGAUUUCUACAACAACGUUGAACCCACAGACCUCGAGUGGCGAACACGUUGUUACGAUGACCACUACCAGUCGUGUGUGUUGCCGACGAACCAGAACUACGGUAUCAUGUCGUACUCGCUGUGGAUUAUUGCGGCGACGUGGAUGUGGGCUCCGUUCUUCUUCAACCCGAGCGGUCUGGACUGGGACAAGAUCAUCGAGGACUACAACGACUGGCAGAACUGGCUCAAGACGACUAAUGACUCGGCUGACAGUUGGUUUGGCUGGUGGUCCAAUGAGCAGGAAUACCUGGAGCACACGACUCGCGGUGCUCGCUUCAUUGCUGCUGUUCGCAAGAUUCGUUUCCUGCUGGUUGCUGUCGGUAUGUACUUGAACAUGAUGUACAACGCGUACUUCGAGCGACCGAACAGGAUCAUCUCGUCGGACGACGAUAUGCUGACGUACGCUCUGUCCGGUCUGGUUAUCGUGUUCUUCCUGCUGCUGAUCUGCUGCGGUUACAUCGCAAGUCGCGUGACCAAGAAGAUGUCGAUGAAGCAGCGCAAGUUGCGGAAGAUGAAGUUCUUGCUGUCGUGCUGUUGCUUCCUCAUCUCGUUGCUGAGUCUCACGGUGCUGUCGGUCGGCAAUCUGUUCGCCAUCUUCAUUCUUUUGAUGAUGGCAGUCUACUGGUUCAUGCAGAUGUGCAUCUUGCGUCUGCAGUACCACCACAUCGUGGUUCGUGCUCUGGCUCGUGCCUAUGACCGCGCCGUUGGUUGGAUUGUGUUCGGGCCGAUUAUGAUUGUAUCGAUGUUCCUGCCCUUCAUCUCCUCGUUCCAGCAGCGUGUCAUGUUCAACAACGCCUUCACCUCGGGUCUUGAGGUAUCGAAGCUCUUCGCACACGACGUGGCGCCGGCGCAGGUCGUCAAGGUCAAGCGCGUGUCGAAGAAGAAGAAAAACCGCGAUGAUUAA